UCUAUUUUUUCAAGUGUGUCUCACUGCUUGCAGCAAUAUCGUUAACUGCACUAACAGUCACUUGUUACUGCGACGAUGCAACUUUUACACUUGUUAAUAUUUAGCGAGCAAACUUGUAUCUUAUUUUCGAAUUUCUUAAUUGAUUCGCUGAUCAAACGCUAAAAUUAACCAAAAAGGAAAAGAAUAAGAAAAACUAAUCCAAAAUAUGUCUCGUAGCGGGAUGUCAAUGAGAAAUAAAGAUAAAUUCGUGACACAAUAGAUUUGAUAUCGAGCUCGAUAUCAUGUAAGUGAAUAGAAAAAGGAUGAGAAUUAAAUGACACGUAAUAGUUAGGUAUAUGAGCGAUGCGUAAUGUGUGGUUGAUGCGAGCAGACAUCUCCAAGCGAGCUUGGCACGAAUAUACUUACGAACUUGACGAACGCUAUUUUAAAUACAAUCGUUUGCACAACAUCGAGUCCGGCAUUGUACGCGUUUGAUACUUGUUUUACGAAAUUUUGACCCUGGGCCAAAUGCCAGCUAGCCCCGCAGCGAACUUUACGAUUUUCUAAAGAAGAUUGCGAGGAGUUGCGCCAUCGAGGAUGUCCCUCAGAUUACUUGUAGCAGGAGCGAGUGCCGUGGGUGCCGGUACUCUCACUUCCUAUUUUCUCUUAUCAGAUACUACAGUGCACGCCGAAAAGGGAAAACCAAGACCACCUCGAAGAACUUUACCCACACGGGAGGAUCAAGUAAAAACUUUGAAGUCACAAGACUAUGAUGUAUUGAUAAUUGGAGGUGGUGCGACAGGAGCAGGAUGUGCUCUAGACGCUUGCACACGAGGUUUAAAGACGGCGUUAGUCGAAGCAGACGAUUUUGCAUCUGGUACUUCUUCUCGAAGCACAAAAUUAAUCCACGGUGGCGUACGAUACUUGCAGAAAGCGAUUAUGCAGUUAGACGUCGAACAGUACAGAAUGGUAAAAGAGGCACUUCACGAACGUGCCUCGAUGCUGCAAAGUGCACCGCAUCUGGCGCAUCCGUUGCCCAUUAUGCUACCAGUUUAUACAUGGUGGCAGAUUCCUUAUUACUGGUUCGGCAUUAAGAUGUACGAUCUCGUAGCAGGUAGCAAAACGGUCAAAUCGUCAUACUAUCUAAGUAAAUCAAACGCUUUGGAACUUUUUCCUAUGCUGAAAGGCGACAAAUUGACAGGCGCUAUUGUCUAUUAUGAUGGCCAACAAGACGAUGCUAGGAUGAAUUUGGCAGUUGCUUUGACAGCUUCGAGACACGGGGCCACAGUUGUAAAUCAUGUUAAAGUGGUCAACUUGUUAAAAGGUCUUGAUAAGGAUGGCAAGCGAGUCCUCGUAGGAGCUCAUCUUAGAGACGAGCUUACAGGAGAAGAAUGGGAUGUGAAGGCUAAAGCAAUAAUUAACGCCACCGGCCCCUUCACUGAUCACAUCAGAAAAAUGGACGACCAGAAUGUUAAGUCUAUUUGCUGUCCGUCUUCCGGAGUUCACAUAGUAUUGCCAGGUUAUUACAGUCCCGAUCAGAUGGGUUUACUCGAUCCAGCGACGAGCGAUGGCCGAGUGAUCUUCUUUCUGCCUUGGCAAAAGCAAACUAUCGCGGGAACAACCGAUUUACCGUGCGAAGUAACGCAUAAUCCUCGGCCCACGGAAGACGAGAUCAUGUUUAUCCUGCAGGAAGUGAAAAACUAUCUCAAUCCGGACGUCGAGGUACGCCGUGGAGAUGUUCUCUCCGCCUGGAGCGGUAUUAGGCCGCUCGUUUCCGAUCCGAACAAACCGAACACACAGUCGCUUGCCAGAAAUCACAUUGUGCAUGUUAGUCCUACGAAUCUCAUCACAAUAGCAGGCGGCAAGUGGACGACUUACCGAGCAAUGGCUCAAGAAACCAUUGACGCAGCCAUAAAAGCUUGCGAUUUGGAACCAGAAAGACCUUGCCAAACUGACGGCUUUCUUCUGGAAGGUGCUCAAGGCUGGAGCCCUACGAUGUACAUCAGAUUGGUGCAAGAUUUCGGCUUGGAAUGUGAAGUCGCGCAACAUUUGUCCAAGAGCUACGGAGAUCGUGCAUUUGCCGUAGCUAAAAUGGCUUCCCUCACGGGAAAACGGUGGCCAAUUAUUGGGAAAAAAAUUCAUCCGGAAUUUCCGUACAUCGACGCUGAAAUACGCUAUGGUGUACGAGAAUACGCUAGAACUACAAUCGACAUGAUCGCGCGUCGAUUAAGACUCGCUUUUCUUAACGUGCAAGCGGCUCAAGAGGCAUUGCCAGUCAUCAUAGAUAUUAUGGCCGAGGAACUGCAUUGGUCAGCAGAGGAGAAAAAAAAACAAUAUCGCGAAGCCAGUGACUUUCUCGCUCAAGAAAUGGGCCAAAUGGUGAAUCGUGCUUCUCGUGACAAAAUUCCCAUCAAUCUUACCAAGGAUGAGAUUCAACUUUACAUUAAGCGCUUCAGAAUCAUAGAUAAGGAUAAAAAGGGAUAUGUAUCUAUCAAUGAUAUUAGACGAGGGCUGAAGCUCUUUGGAGAUAAGGAAGUACCGGGUGAAGAACUUCACGAAAUUCUACGCGAAAUCGACACCAAUAUGAACGGUCAAGUUGAAUUGGAUGAAUAUCUUCAGAUGAUGUCAGCUAUAAAAUCUGGUCAUGUGGCAUAUUCACGUUUUGCACGCAUGGCUGAAAUGGAGGAAGCGCAACAUGAAAAGGAAAUGCUCAAGAAACAAAUAAGUGUUGAAAGAUCCGGUGGAGGAUUGUAAAGAAAUCCAUUCCUGUGCUGUAAGGUUUUGAGAUAUUUAAUGUCACAUUUUUCAUAUUUAUUCGCGUAUUUAUUACAAAACAUCGGUUUGUUCCACCAGGUGUGCACUUACAUAUUGUUAAAACCAACAAUUGCACAAAUUUCUCGCGAAAUAAACCUAUUGCAAACAAUAUCUAAAAGCAACACAUGAAACACUUAUAAAUUCAAGUAAUUCACGAUACCAAAAUUUUGUUCUACGCACAUUUAUUGCGUAGAUUUUUGCGAAUAAUUCAAAAAUCGUACUGCAACUGAAAACUAUAAAAAGAAAAUGUUAGGUUUGUUGCAAGAAAUUCUUCAUAACUUAUAUACUUGAUAUUUAAUGCGGUGGUGUAUUAUUUGUUUGUAACAUCUGUGUUAUGUAUAAAUUGUUGGACACUCACAUUCUUUUUUAUUUAUACAUACUGUUGAUGUAGAUUCAUCACAGAUAUAACUAUAUUCUCUACUCUUGUACUAAAUAAUUCUAUGUAACAUAGGAAUUUUACUCUUCAAUUGUCACAAUAUUCAUAUUUACAGUAUUACAAUUGUACAUUAUUUAAUUCAGAAUAAUUAUUGUCCUUCUCGUUAAUACGCAAACAUUUAUUCCUUGUACAAAGUGGGGAUUGUGAAUACAGGAGUAUGUAUAAAGUUUUAAGAAUGUUAUGUAAUUCUCAAAGAAAUCUCGAUAGUCCUUUCAAACUUGAGAAAAUUUAUUAUUUAUAUGUACUGUUACCUUGAUCGUCAUUAAUGCUGAGAUUGUACAAAUUAUAAAUAUUAUGAAAGA